AUGAAUCCUCAAGCGAAUACUCAAAACCUCGUUAAAAUAGCGAAUGAGGCAAUUAAAAUUGUUGAUUUCCUCGGCUCUUCAAUUAAAUAUCAUAACACUGACAUGAUUAUAGAAAUUGAAUAUUAUUCAUUUGAAAAUUUAUCUACCGAAUUAAGAGAAUGGACUUUUGAAUUAUUGAAAUUAAAUAUGAAAAAGACUUAUGAAAAUUCAAAUUUAGGAUGGAAUGAAAAAGAGAAACGUAAAGAAAUGAGCGAUAAAGAUUGUAGAUAUUUGAUCGCAUUAAAUAAUGGCAAGCCAAUUGGAUUUGUUAUGUUUCAAUUCAGUUGGGAAGAAACUAUGUCAGAUGAUGAUGAAGAAAUUGAAGUUAUCUAUUGUUAUGAAAUUCAAUUAUCUGAAAUUGCGAGAAACAAAGGCCUAGGCACAUUUUUAAUGAGAACAUUGGAAGAAAUCGGAAGGCAUUGGAAAAUGAAGAAACUUAUACUAACCGCAAUUGAUACAAAAGAAAAUAAAACUAAUAAAAGCGCAAUUGAUUUUUAUUUGAAUCACCUUGGUUAUCAAAUAGAUGAAAUUUCACCAAGUAAAGUUUUAUUACCCGAAGAAGCUAAAGACUAUGAUUAUGAAAUCAUAAGCAAAGUUUUAUAA